CCGCAAUCCAAAACCUUACUGUCGACAUCAGAGAAGCUUUCCUUCGGAGACUACUCUCAUACGCUACUACAUAUAUUAGCACUCGCCGUCUUUUAUCACUCUCAUUCACUUACCUACCUACCUAUUAAGCAAACAACAUAUUCAAAACUCCCAAUAUCCACAACAAUCCAACACAAUUUAAAGCAAUUUACAAUGGCUAUAUUUGUUUCCACGACUAGACAUCGGUCUAGAAGGCCAGUUGAACGGCUAGUUGAACGGCAACCCCCGGAAUGGGACAGUUCCCAAUUUUUGCCAUUCGUAUUCUACCUAUUCAUAGGGCUCCUAUGUUGGUACGCCCUUGUCAACAUUGCUAAGGAAUCAUUUGCGGGUGAGCUACACAAAGAAAAUAACGCGACGGCUCUCUUAUACCAACGCACGUAAGUUUUCAUCUCUCCUGCAAGCAAACACAUCACGAAACGACUAACAACCUACCUACCUAGAACCCCAACUGAAUCCGCACACGCACCGGCGAUCCCAACGCCAAGCGGGAUGCCCCUCUUCGACCUCCCGCGCGGCCACGUCGGGGACCUCGAAUACGGCGUCCCGAUCUUCACGUGCCGGAACCCGGGACAGAUCGCGCUGACAUUCGAAGACGGGCCGUCGCAAUACACGCAGGAUAUCUUAGACCUGCUGGACCACUACGAUUUCAAGGGCACGUUCUUCAUGACAGGCACGAACACAAGCGUGGCGCCCGCGGCGCGACACACGCAUAUCGACGACGAGGAGACCGGGUGGCCGGCGCUGCUGAGCCGGAUCCACGAGACGGGCCACCAGUUCGCUUCGCACACGUACACGCGCGCACGGCUAGACGGGAUCAGUUCGCAGGGCGUCGCGGAGGAGAUGGUGUAUAACGAGAUGGCGUUCCGGAACGCGAUCGGGUUGAUCCCCGCGUACAUGCGACCGCCGUUCGAUGUGUGGCGCGAUCCAGCUGUGCGCGAGCAAUUGGAUGGGCUGGGGUAUCAUAUUAUUCUGCAUGAUAUCGAUACGCGGGAUUACGAGAACGAUGGGGAGAAUACGAUCCAGAAGUCGGUUGAGAUCUUUAAUAAUGCGAUUAGGUUCGAUGGUAACGGGUCGUAUAUCGUGAGGAUGCAGGACACGAGGCAGUGGACUGCGAUGAAGCUGCUUCCGGCUGUGCUGGAGUCGAUGGAGGUGAGGGGGUAUAAGGGGGUUACGGUGGGGCAGUGUCUUGAUGAUGCUUUCUUUUAUUGGUAUAGACAGCCCGAAGCGUGAUGGGAUGGAGUCUCGCAUAGUAGCGAUUGGGUUAUCUACCUACCUAGGUAUGGUUAGGGGUUAGAGCGUGUAUUGGGGUACAAUUUAACUUCAAUUUCCCCUUCCGGAGAGGAAUGUUUGCUCGUAUGUGACAGUGUGGCAUGGGGUCAAGUUUGCCCACCCGAAGACGAUGCUCGUUCCCGUCGUUCAGUGUUCAGUGUACUUGUGAAUAUCCACGACGAUGAUGUUUUAAGUUGGAAUUGGUAUUAACCACCAUUUGAACUAUAAAUCAAGAUAGUCAAACUAAAUAUCGCUCGAUCAUCGGCCGAACGACGUUUAGUUAGCGCCUUCCUUCAGCCGCAAAAUUCGGU